AUGUCCAUUCACAGCCACCGUAGAGCCAACUUCUGCGCACGCGUCCGUCUCAAAUCAGCAAUGGCGGCCUCCUUUGGCGUGUGUAGGUUACAUUUUAGAAGUUUAGGAGGUCUUGAUAGAUUUUGUCACGGAUUGGAACCUCAAACGCAAAGACGAUUUACGUCAACUACACCAACAAUCAAAGCCCAGACAGGGAGCAAAACCGCAGACUCCGUGAAAAGUAAAACAUUUCAAGCAAUCCAGGAGGAGCGAAGAGAACAAGCUGAAAGAUCUGUUUUAAUCAGCUGUCCUGCUAAAUUCAGCGAAAAGAAGUUUUUAGAUUUCCUCUCUAAACAUGGGACAGUCAACAAGCAUUUCUUCUACAACAGUUUUGGUGCAUAUGCAGUUGUUGAAUUCUCCAAUAAAGAGAGCAUAGCCUCGUUGAAGGAGAGCACAGGUUUACCAGCUGUUGAACAUGAAGCUGCAGUGCCUUUUAAAUCCCGGCUGCUGUCACUGAAAUGGCCAGGCAUUCAGUCAAGCAACUAUCCCACGCCAAAUUUCAAGGAGCAAUCCCCCCCGAACAUCGGUGACAUUACCAAACUGCUCUUGCAAAAGCACAGUGUAGAUGAGCAGCUUCAAUGUUUGACCGAGACUUUACAGCUUACAGAAGAAAACAUCAGUCUGCGCUUCCUUGUCUGUUCUCUGCUUGGAGACAUAGCAGGAGCGUAUUUCCCAGAAUGCAUCAUUAGGCCUUUUGGUUCCACUGUAAACAGCUUUGGUAAACUUGGCUGUGAUGUUGACAUGAUUCUGGAUCUCGACGGCAUAUAUGCAAGAAGCCAGAAAAAGGGCUCAGGACUGUCUCUGGAGUACCAGGUGAAGACGGGGCCAUCAGAGCGGGCUGUGACACAGAGUAUCCUCUCAGUAGUUGGAAAAUGUGUGGACCAGUUUGGCCCUGGAUGUGUGGGAGUCCAGAACAUUCUACAAGCACGAUGUCCUAUUGUCCGCUUUGCUCAUCAGCCUUCUGGCUUUCAGUGCGAUCUUACAGCCAAUAACAAGGUGGCGAUGAAAAGUUCAGAGCUGCUCUUCCUAUGUGGGCAUCUGGAUCCUCGUGUUCGGCAUCUGGUGUUCAGUGUGCGGUGCUGGGCUCGGGCUCAUAGCAUCACAAGCAGUAUACCUGGAGCAUGGAUAACCAACUUCUCGUUAACAGUCAUGGUAGUGUUCUUUCUACAGCAGAGGAGUCCUGCUAUGCUGCCCACACUGGACCGUCUGAAAGAGCUGGCAGGACCAUCGGAUAAGUGUGUCAUUGAGGGCAAUGACUGCACUAUUGUCAGUGACCUUAGCAAGAUUGCACUGCAGAAGAACACAGACACAUUAGAGAAACUGUUGCAGGAAUUCUUCGAGUUUUAUGGCAAUUUUCCCUUCAACAAGGCAUCGAUCAAUAUUAGGAAGGGAAAGGAGCAGUCCAAACCGGAAGCAACAGCUUUGCACAUCCAAAAUCCAUUUGAAGCCACUCUAAACAUUAGCAAAAACGUUAAUGCAGCGCAGUUAGAACGUUUCGUGAAGCUUUGUCAAGAAAGUGCUUGGCUACUUCAGCAGAAGGAAAUUCUUGAGCCAAGUUCUAGCCAGUCGGAUGGGUCUGUCUCACCGUGGGGCUUCGCUGCGCUUCUCGCCCCUUCAGUCACCUCAGGAGCAGGGGUGAAGAGUCGCAGGAAGAAAAAAACAGAACCUGCUAGCUCACGAAUAAAGAACCUGUUAGACUCUCUGAAGAUUAAAGGUGGUGAAACUGUUGCAAAGAAGGGAAGUGCAAACUCUAGUAGGUGAUGCGGUCAAUAAAUCUCACUCACCCUGAAGAAAAAGGACCAGAUUAAAAAAAAAAAAAAAACUGGCUAACUUGUCCUAAGGGUGAAACAGAUGUGAAGUUUGUGUAUUUCUACAGUAAGAAUCUGUAAGUCUUUUAAGAGCAGUUAAAACCUAAGCUCAGCUUCCUUUCCACUGAAGUAUUUCACAUGAAAGAGAAACUUUGUAGAUCCCAACAUGAAAUAACAUCGAAAGAGGUCUGCUGUGGAUUUCGACUCUUAGGGAAAAGAAGCUUAAUGGUUGUUGUGUCGAUCUGAUUACUGCAAUCAUUACAGCCUCCGCAGAACCUCUGAACACUAAAAGGUUUGCAUGAAAUCACUAUGAUUUGUUAAUCACACACUCUCCUAUCAUCGUUUCUGCACUGUCAUACUAAUACAGUGGCCCCAUAACUUUAUGUAAAAACCGAAAUCAAGUCAGGUUGUCAUGUCAGUGUCUGGAUACAAAGAGGUACAAAAAGUAUAAACUACUGUACAUAAAUGUUUUUAUAAGAUAUUAAAUCAAAGUAACUACAA